AUGGCAACUUCAAAAGCGGCGUAUCUCGCCGAAAAGGUUAUUGGGCAUGAUGAUAAUGCCAUAAUUGAGCAAGAUGUCUCCAAUUAUCCAGAAGACUCGUUAGAUACCAUGAAGGCUUUGGUCUGGAAGGGAAAGCAAAAAGUCGAGAUUGCCGAGGUCCCCAAGCCCCAGAUUCUAGAGGAUACCGACGUAAUUCUCAAAGUCACUGGUUCCACUGUCUGCGGCUCAGAUUUACACCUCUACCAUGGCGUAGUGGUACAACUUGCCGACGGCGACAUUCUAGGACACGAGUUUUGCGGCAUCGUAGAACUAGUAGGCCGCGCUGUCACCAAAGUUCAGGUCGGGAAGAGAUAUGUCGCUUCUUUCCAGAUUGCUUGCGGAGAUUGCUUCUUCUGCAAGCAAAAGUUGUCGUCGCAGUGCGAAAAGACCAACGCAAACACGACUAUGAAGGGCGGAUUUGCUGGUGGGCAGGCAGAAUAUGUCCGUGUGCCAUUAGGUGAUGUGAAUUUGUUGGAGAUUCCUGAUAAUGUGUCGGACGAAAAGGCGCUAUAUCUCUCUGAUGUUCUCUGCACAUCUUACCACGCCGUCAAAGAUACAGCUGUCUAUCAAGGAGAUCAAGUAGCCAUCUUCGGCGCAGGCCCCAUCGGACAGAUGGCUGGUGUUUUUGCCCUAGGAGAGGGAGCUUCCAAAAUUAUUUUCGUAGACACCGAACCGCGGCUCACUUUCAUCAAACAGCGUUUCCCUUCAGAGCACAGCGACAAACUUACUCUGGUAGACUAUAAGAAGCUGUCGCACGGCAUCACUUCCAAGGAAACUGUUGUCAGCAAAUUAAAGGAGCUUUGCAGCGGCCGAGGACCAGACGUCGCCAUCGAGUGUGCGGCAGGAGAAUACGCCAAGGGCUGGAUGCAUUGGUUGGAAAUGACGAUUGGUGCUGAGACUGAUACCAGCGAGAUUCUCAAUGAGAUGAUUGAAGGAGUGCGCAACUAUGGUCGCUGUGGCGUCACGGGAGUUUAUGUCGCAUACACCAAUCACUUCAAUGCUGGCUCCCUCAUGCAGCGAGGCAUUCGACUCAUAGGAAACGGCCAAGCACCGGUGCACAAAUACUGGGAUGAACUACUUGCCAAGAUCCAGAAAGGCGAGCUCGACCCUAUGCAGAUGGUGUCUCACAGAGUCAGACUCGAAGAUCUGGGCAAGGUAUAUGCAAAGUUCGAUGCAAAGGACGAAGGCAUGCAAAAGGUGUUUGUCGAGACCAGAUUCUCUCUGCCCAAGGCUCCAGAGUCUCCUGAAGUAACUCGGUAUUAA